AUGGCUGCUGCUGCUGCUGUUGCUGCUGCUGCUGCCGCCGCUGCCGCUGCCGCUGACGCCCAUGCUCUUCAAGGCACGGUGCAAACAUCCAUCCUAUCGUUAUCGAGCGAAGCACGCGGUCAAGUCUUAGGUGUGCGAACAGAGGCAUGCCACCUCUGCGCCCGCGAGCCUCCUCACGGCUCUCAGCCGGAGACAAACACUGAUUCUGCGCUUGUAUCCCUCCAAAAGCUGAAAGGACCGGGUCUGCGUUACCCCCUAGUUGCCGCGGUCAAUGAUGAAGAGGGGUUCAGGGGUUGUUGUCAGGCUGGAGGCAAGGCGCAUCCACAACAGCGAACACCAACCGAUUUGCAACUUAUACUGCAGGCGCCACUGCAUAUACCAACACAGUAA